AUGAGCUCCAGACGGGAGCUGACGAGGCCGACCUCGUCGAACCUGCGCACCGGCGCCGCGGCUCGCGCGAGCGUGCGCCCGGGAACCCGGACCUCGAACUUGCGGUACCAACACGCCCCAUCCAAGGGCGUAGAGCGCGCCGCCUCACCCGCAGAGUCUGUCGCGUCCGUCGCUACGAACGCGACGAAGCGCAAGGAGCGCGAAUAUGACUUUGAGACGCCGGGCCAGGAGACCAACAUCAACGUUGUCGUCAGAUGCAGAGGCCGCAACGACCGCGAAGUACGCGAGAACAGCGCCGUCGUCGUUCAGGCCGAUGGCGCGAAGGGCAAGAAUGUCGAGCUGAAGCUUGGCCCCAAUGCUCUGAGCAACAAGACAUACAACUUUGACCGCGUCUUCUCUGCCGCGGCCGACCAGACCAUGGUUUUUGACGAUGUCGUCAAACCCAUCUUGGACGAGAUGCUCGCUGGCUUCAACUGCACCAUUUUCGCCUAUGGCCAGACCGGCACCGGCAAGACGUACACAAUGUCCGGAGACAUGACAGAAACCCUAGGCCUCCUCUCCGACGGCGCUGGUAUCAUCCCCAGAGCCCUUCAUGCUCUCUUCAACAAACUCGAAGUCGACGAUACCGAGAGCUGCGUCAAGUGCUCCUUUAUCGAACUUUACAACGAAGAGUUGCGCGAUCUGAUCUCUGUCGAAGAAGGCCCCAAGCUCAAGAUUUUCGACGACACAUCAAGAAGGCACGCGACUACAGUAGUGCAGGGAAUGGAGGAGAGACACAUCAGGAACGCCGGCGAGGGCAUCAAGGUUCUUCAGGAUGGAAGCUUGAAGCGCCAGGUUGCGGCGACCAAGUGCAACGAUCUCAGUAGUCGAAGUCACACCGUCUUCACCGUGACCGCGUACGUCCGAAAGAAGGGCGAGGAUGGUGGCGAGGACUAUGUCAGCGCAGGCAAGCUCAACCUGGUCGAUUUGGCCGGUAGUGAAAACAUUCAACGAUCCGGUGCCGAGAACAAGCGAGCCGCCGAGGCUGGCCUGAUCAACAAGAGUCUUCUGACGCUCGGCCGAGUCAUCAACGCUCUGGUCGACAAGAGCCAACACAUCCCUUACAGAGAGUCGAAGCUCACCCGAUUGCUGCAAGAUUCUCUUGGAGGUCAGACGAAAACAUGCAUCAUCGCCACCAUCUCACCCGCGAAGAGCAACCUGGAGGAAACUAUUUCGACGCUCGACUAUGCCUUUAGAGCGAAGAACAUCCGCAACAAGCCGCAACUUAACGCUAUGAUCAACAAGAGGAUGCUUCUUAGGGACUUUGCGACUGAAAUCGAAAGGCUCAAAAGCGAGCUGAUUACGACUCGACAGCGCAACGGCGUUUACCUCUCCAACGAAUCGUACGAAGAAAUGACGGCCCAGAGCGAAUCGCGACGCAUCGUCAUGGAAGAACAAGCAGCGAAAAUGGAAACUCUCGAGGGCAACCUGAAGAACAAAGUCCAGGAGCUGUUUGCUCUGACGUCUAGCUUCAUGGGGUUGCGAAAGGACCAUGAAGGCACCAAGGCGGAGCUCGACGAGACUCAAGGUGUCCUUGAGCAGACUGAACUCGUCCUCAAGGCGACGAGAAGGAGUCUUGCCGAGGAGACGCACCUCCGCAAGGCUCAUCAGGAAACUGAGGAGAAGCUGGCUGAGGUCGGCGGCGAGCUGAUUGCCACCCUGCAGAAGACAGUGCACGAUGUGGAUGGCCUCCGAGCCAAGAACAAACGGAAGUCGGACCUUCAGUCCAUUAACCGGAGUGCUUGGGGCACUGCGCAAGCUGAAGUGACCGAAGUAACAAAUCUGGUGGAGCAGCGAGUGCAGAGUUUCCAGAGCAAGCAGCGGCAGAGCAUCUCGGGUAUUUCCGAGCGCAUGAACUCUUUUGUCAGUGAGGAGCUCCAGAAGCUGUCCUCGACGCAGAAGCUCCUCGACGAGCAGUUAGAAUCGUUUGCUGCCUCACGCCGAGAGCUUCUGGAGCAGAAGGAGAAGUCCAAGGAUGAGAUGGACGACGUUCUUGAGGAGAUCAAGGUCGUUCGCGACACCGUCAAGCAGCAAGUUGGGGAGAGCCUUCAAGCCAUUGCUGCUGCCGCAGAGCGUAUCGCUGCCGAUGUCCUUAGCGAGCUCGACACUUUCCACAACCAGCUGCACACCUCCUACAGCUCCUUGGGCAAGGAGUUCAAGGGCAUCUUUGAGGAUCUCAUGACGCACAUCACGGAACAGCGAAGUGAGUCUGAUAGACUCAGACAACAGCUCCAGAGCGCAACCGAUACGAUUGUCAAGCAAAACGAGAACAUCUCAGCACAGAUGCAGCAAGUUCUAGACGAGGAGAGGAAGCAGGCGGCCCAGGAUCGACAGAAUCUGUUGGCCCAGAUCACCACUCUCAUCCAUGCCCAGGCGGAAAUUCAGGAGACUAGACUGGCCGAGAAGACCGCACAGCUGCAGAAGAGCGUCUUGGACUCGAAUGUCUCAUUGCAAGGCAACGUGGCUCAGUACUCUGAGGACAUGGAGACCUGGGAUGCCAAAGAGGGGCAACUCCUUGACGACGUGGCCAAGUCCCGUGAUGCGAUGAAGAACAAGUUGAAGGAUGACUGGAGCACCGCCGAGGAACACAGCACUGCCAUCCAAGCAACUACCAAGUCCGUUCACGCCGAGACUGUUCGUGUCGUGGACGAGCAGCUGAAGGACCUCGAUGUACAGAUGGAGGCAUUGGAUGACUUCGUUACUCGUGCUCGUUCCGAGAACGCCUCUCACCACGAGCGACAUGGCGAAUCAAUGCAGGGCUUGUCAUCGACCGUGGAGAAGUCUUUCGAUAACAUUUCGAGCCAUUUCAAGACGACUUUUGAUCGCGUCAAGGACCUGGGCGAAGAGAUGGAGACUGAGACCGAAGAGAUGCAGCAGGGUCUGGACCCGUUGGCUGAGCAGCUGUCGAAGCCGUUGACUGCCCUGCGUGAGGACAUCGAAUCUACGACCAUCCAGGAGUACCGCCCGACGGGAGAGACCCCUAUGAAGGUUCAGUACCAAUACCCGACCGACCUUCCCCGGACCGAGGCCCACGACGCUCUCCUCGCCGAGCUCAGCGACGGAGCCACACCCACCAAGCUGGGAUCUGAAUCGAUGGUCUUCCCGGACCUCGACAACGACAUGCCUCGCUCACCGCUGGCGCGCGCGUCGACUCGUAUGUCGACCCUCAGCAUGAUUUCGGAAAUGCCCCCUUUUAACAUGAGCCUUCGCGAAGUGAACCCCAACACCACCGGCAGCCUCGGCUACGACCCGUCGGUCAGCAUGAUGUCCAUUAACGAGACCACGGCCCCGCUACUCUUUAGCAAGCGCAGCUCGACAAGGCACGUGCCUAAGGGCCGCAAGCAGAGCAGCCUGCUCCCGAUUGAGGGGCGGGAGAACGUCCCGCCCUCGUCAUUUUCGUCGAGUCUGGGACCUCGCAGGAAGAGCCCUAGGUUGAACUAG